AUGAGCACAUCUUGGAAGUACAACUGUUCAGGCCCAUCUCCCGAAUGGAUCGCCAACAGUGAUAUCACAGGCACCGGUGUUGUCUUCAGCUACAUCAUAACAGCCGGAAUAGUGGUCGUGGUUCUUGCACUAUACUACUUUGUCGCAUAUGAUCCCUCUCAUGAUCCAUUUCAAGGGUCCAAAAGGAACAGUGUACCCAGGGCCUUUUACCCUAACCCAGUGGACGCACUUAUACUCGAGGACUCGAGACGUAUAGCAAUGGCUUGUCUGGGUGCAUUUGGUUGCAUUUCCAUCAAUAAUACCAGUUUUGAGGAAGCAUUCAUCAGGUGUAUCAUCGCAUUCAGUGACAUGCAGCUCUUGACUGGAUAUUCGAUACUUAUCAGUGGUUUUUCGCAGCUUCGCUCUGGUCUACAAACAUUCUACUGGCAAGUUGUCAUAGGUCUGACCUGGUUCUCUACCAUUACACAUCUUUCUUGCCUGACGGCGUUGCGCAAUCACCUUUAUCUUCACUCCUCUGAGCGUACAUGGCGGCUAGCUGCCAUGGCUAUAUUGUGCGUUCUCUUGGCGAUUGGCCUAGGAUUUACCGCAAACUAUGAUUGGGCCUUUUUUGGCGGCGGGGACGAACCAAAUUACGGGGAUGCUGCAAUAUGCUAUAUUCGAAUCAGAUCGCCAUUGGGACACGCUUUCUAUACUAUGCUAUUCUCGGUCCUGCUUAUAACCUUUUCAUUCGUGGUGCGCAUUGUCAAGCUCUAUCGAUUCCUUUCAGUGGAUAUCUUCACCAGGGCAAGGUCGAGGGUCAAACACUGGACAUAUACAAGCUUACGGAUCGUGCAUGACUGGUCAGAUGCAUCAGCCCAGCCGCCCAGCUUGAUAUGUAUGAUCUGCUAUUAUCCAUUAUUAGCAGCUAAGCUAUCGGCGGAUCUGCUUGUCGAUGGAUGGGCGUCUGUCUUCAUGGAGAUCUUCUGGGUAGCUGUGGCCUAUUCCUGGGGUAUUUAUCGGUUGAUUGCCGCGCUUCAGAUGACAUGGAAGCCGACUGGAUUUCUCAAUGGGUCGAGCGAUUGGACGUUUGGCCAGGUUAUUGCGAUGCUACUGCUCGCCGGGCCCCUCAUAACGAUAGUGGAAUCAUUUCAAUCCGAUACUGGUGGGUAG